AUGACUGCAGCUAGUCCCGGGGUGUCUGUACCACCGUGGUACGGUAAUGAUACGGAAACCAGAGACCGCAUUCUGUCAAAACUGCGUAUGGCGAGGCGACGACCCGCCAGUCGAGACCACUGGCAGUUCGUUGUAAAGCGUUUACGGUUGUGGCUGGGGAGCGCGGACGGGAAACAGGUACGCCCUCCGUGCAUGCUCAUUCUUGAUCUCUAUCCGAACGGAGCUCUACGCGCUCAUAAGUUUCCACCAAACGCAGUUAAAGACGGCAGGCUGGCAACGGCCUGGGAGAUGCUCGAGUUCCUGCUGGAUGAGGUUCUCACGCCGCAGCGCGAGAAUGCGGCCAGUUUACGCCCCGCGAGCAUUAGUUUUACCAAUCGGAACAUUGCAAGAGCGCUCGCGGACCCCGUUCGGUUUCUCGUUUGCGAGCAAGUGACGCAGGACCUGCACGCACUGGUUUCCAGAGCAGGGUCUGCAGCGGCGGAGGCGGACUGCUGGAGCCCGCCUGUCCUCGCUGAGGCGGAUGGCGUUCGCGAGUUUAUGCAACGUUUCGCUCAGAACCUGAUCGCUAAGGGAAAGGGUGCAUCGAGCACGGCAAGCGAGGCACCUGGUCUGAUACAGGGCUUGCUCGCAGGCGGAGAACGGCGCGACGGCCGUCCGGAUAACCGGUACAUUUUGCAGGCUCUACCCCUGUCAAAGUGCGAGCUCCUUGUCGGCCAGUACUACUGUUUAGCAUACGCGCUCUUUCAUCGAAAGCCCUGGGAUGAGUUACCUGAGUCGUGGCUUUUCCGUGUGGAGAGCAUCUGCGUUGAACAGGUGAUGCAGCGGCCUGUGGCAGAGCGGUGGCGAAGGCACGUACGGUUUCUUGCGGUGCUCGGCGGCGAGACCCCGGGAUUCGUUGGUCUACCGUCUGUCAGGGCAGCCCGUAAGCGAUACGCCGCGAGUAUGCGGCGCCUCAAGAAAGAGACCGAGGAAGGUUCGUCGACCGUAUCAGAAGCGGAAUCGCUAGACGCCCCCCUGUAUCUGCCGUCGGAAGCCGUGUCGAGUGUGUCUGCGGAUAGUAUCCCUGACGUUGUUCUUUGCGCGUUUACUGGCCAGAUCAUUUCCGGUCCAAACGCAAAUCGAUGCAGCCGAUGCAAGAGUGCUUACUAUAUUGACGAGGAAGCUCAGCGGGCAGACUGGAGCCGCCACGCCACUGAAUGCGAUGCGAUCGCACAACUGAGUGCCUCCGCCGCUGCGGUGUCGUUGCGCCCAGGGGCACCAGAAUGCCCUCAGAUCUCGCGUCCAUUCUGGCGCUAUGCAGAGCUUGUCCAUAUCUAUAUGGAGGAGUCGUCGCUAACCUUUGACGACCUUGAUGCGAUCGAGGAGUAUGCCUGGCCGGUUGCGCGUGACGCCCGAAACGGAUGGCCUGUUCCCUUUGUAACCGUAGGCGGCCACGCGCUGCCACGGCCCAGCGUUGAACGGCCCAACCUGGAGGAGCUUUCCUGGAUGAUAGCUGUAAUGGAGUGGAUGCUGGAGCAUCAGGGAAUAGCGCGGCUCCGAUCUGGGAUGCAGAUGGGACGCUGGCAAAACGAUUCGAUUUCAUCCAGCGCUGCCGCUGGGCAACAAUCUGCACAGCACGUGGUUUUGCUUUCCGUUGAACCGGUAGAGGAUAUGAAGCAGACAGCUAUCAGUAGGUACUGCGCGGAGCCGUCGGCGAGCACCGCUGCCAUUGGAUAA